AUGGCCUGGUCGAUAUUCACCAACCCCUUUGGGGCAUCCUCGUCCUCGUCCGCUUCAUCUUCAACUCAACACAUUGAAGCAGAGACCCACGCCGAUGUUUUGCCUGCUCCGACACUCACACCGCCUGCACCACAGGUGAACAAGUACGAGACGGUCUUACAGGACGAAGAGAAGUAUCAGGAAGUACAAUACCCUACGACAGAGCAUGUACCGGGCUGUAUGACCUUAUUAGAUGAAUUCUUGAUGUGUUACGCCUUAGCACCCCAACUCCGAUCAAUGUAUCGAUACGGUGAAUUCCGAGACUGCACAUGGAAAUGGGAAGACUUCAAAUACUGCCUAUCUCUGAAAUCGGACGAUGAGGAGAUGAGGAGGAAAUUGUGGAUCAAGAGAAGGGCAGAAUGGUGGGCUAAGAGGAGGGUUGAUGGAAGUAGCGAGGAUGUAUGGGAUGUUAGGAGUGAACCUCCUAAGAACUUCCCACCAUUGGUAACGGAAGAAAUCACUAGUGAAAGUAGUACCACCUAG